UAGUCAAAGAUGAUCACCGCCGCUGUGCUAUUGUUAAUUAUUAGAGUUAGUGCCAUGUUUUCCGCAAUAUAAAGAGUCUGCGUUGUGUCUCAAACAAACCGACUUCAAAAGCUCAACACAAGUCGACUCUCCUUCUCUGCUUUGCUUUCUUUGAACUAAUAGCAACUUCUUCAAGGGAACCCGGUAUGGAGAACGGUGAAAUUCCUGAAAACGCCAAUGAACAUUGCCCAGGUCCCCAGUCAGAGUCUGCGGGAAAAUCUGAUGCCUGCCAAGGAUGCCCUAAUCAAGAAGCUUGUUCUACUGCUCCUAAAGGCCCUGACCCAGACUUGGUUGCUAUUGCUGAACGAAUGGCUACAGUUAAGCAUAAGAUAUUGGUUCUAUCAGGGAAGGGGGGAGUUGGAAAAAGCACAUUCUCAGCACAGCUUUCAUUUGCUUUAGCAGCUAUGGACUUCCAAGUAGGUCUCCUGGACAUAGACAUUUGCGGCCCCAGUAUCCCAAAGAUGCUUGGCUUAGAAGGUCAAGACAUUCACCAAAGCAACCUUGGUUGGUCUCCUGUUUAUGUGGAAUCCAACCUUGGGGUUAUGUCCAUUGGAUUUAUGCUCCCCAAUCCUGAUGAAGCUGUCAUAUGGAGGGGACCUCGGAAGAACGGACUCAUCAAGCAAUUUCUAAAGGAUGUAUACUGGGGAGAGAUUGAUUUUUUAGUUGUUGAUGCACCACCAGGGACCUCAGAUGAACACAUCUCUAUUGUCCAAUUCCUUCAGGCUACGGGAAUUGAUGGUGCGAUCAUUGUGACUACACCUCAACAGGUUUCUUUGAUUGAUGUGAGGAAAGAAGUGAAUUUUUGCAAGAAAGUUGGAGUCCCAGUUCUUGGGGUUGUUGAGAACAUGAGUGGCUUAUGCCAGCCUUUAACAGGUUUCAGAUUCAUUCGGGGAACGGAGAAUGGUGAGCAGAUAGACGUGACGGAGAAAGUGAUAGAGUAUAUGAGAGAAAAGGCACCAGAAAUGUUAGAUUUGAUUGCCUUGAGUGAAGUAUUUGAUACAAGUGGUGGUGGUGCAGCAAAAAUGUGCAUGGAGAUGGCAGUACCUUUCCUUGGGAAGAUACCUUUAGAUCCAAAGCUUUGCAAGGCCGCUGAAGAAGGAAGAUCUUGCUUUACUGAUCAGAACUGUGGGAUGAGUGUGCCUGCAUUGAAGAGUAUUAUAGAGAAACUGUUGGCUGCAAAUCAGUGGAACCAAUAACUGAAAUUGAUCAAAUAAGAUGAUUGUCCAUCACUGAUUAUCUUCGCCUCCUGAUUGUGGCCAAUCUAAUUUUUGUUUAGACCUUGUCUAUAUGUUUUGUUAGACUUUUUGUUCUGAAAAUUUUAUGCUAUUUCUCAGCCAUUGUUUAAAGCUUACUUCAACUUGCCAUAAUAAAUCUGCUACUUGGGGAGUUUGUGCCUUGUAGUCAUCGAAUCAUCUUGCAGUAUAUGAUCCUUGUAUUUACUCGUAUCUGAAUUAUUGAUAAAGAAGUCACAGAAUUGUGGCCUGUGACAGAAGUUUAAAUUUAUGAUCCAAUGAAUUUAAUAUUUGUUUA